AUUAUACUCUUCACACUGAGUUUUUACUCAAAUCACUCUAAGUUAAGGAAAAUUCUUUACCAUUAAUAGGGCAAUAGCCAAAAGCAAUGUCUACAGAAGCCAGAACAAUCCAGGCAUCCUGCCUGCACGGCGUUCGCGACCUCAGAACCGAACAACGCUUUCUCGAGCCACCGCUCCCUAGCGAGUUGCAAAUCGCAAUCCGCAGCACCGGAAUCUGCGGAUCGGAUCAGCACUAUUACAACCACUUCGCAAAUGGCGAUAUCCUGGUCCGGGAACCUCUGAGUCUUGGGCACGAGUCUUCCGGCAUCGUAACCUCUAUUGGCUCAGACGUGCCUUUAGGGAAAUUCGCCGUCGGUGAUAGAGUCGCACUUGAGGUCGGUAAGCCAUGCGAGGAAUGUGGGCUUUGCAAGGAAGGCAGGUACAAUAUCUGUCCAAAAAUGAGCUUCCGGAGCAGCGCGAAGAGCUUCCCGCAUUUCCAGGGGACGUUGCAAGAGGCGAUCAAUGCGCCGGCGAAGUGGUGCCAUCGGCUCCCACCAUCCGUCUCCACCGAAGAAGGUGCUCUCGUAGAGCCCCUCAGCGUUGCAAUCCAUGGCAUCCGCCGCGCAGCUCUCACUCCAGGCGCGACUACGCUCGUAAUCGGGGCCGGGGCGGUUGGAUUACUCACAGCUGCCAUGCUACGGGUGACAGGAUCCUCGAAGAUCGUGAUCUGCGACAUCGAAGGGCGGCGCGUCAAUUUCGCCACAGCGAACGAGUUUGCGGAUCUCGGCUUCGUGGUCCCCAUGAGGCGCGGAUCAACUAUUGAGGAAAAUCUCGAGAUUGCUCGGGAGACGGCGGCUUUAGCUGUCGGAGCGGUACGGGAAGGUGAGGGGUUCGCAGGCUUUGAUGCUGUGUUUGAAUGCACAGGUGUUGAGGCCUGCAUGCAAACUGCGAUUUAUGCAAGUCGACCAGGCGGAAAGGUGAUCAUGAUCGGGAUGGGCACGCCUGUGCAGACUCUGCCCAUGUCUGCCGCUGCAUUACGGGAGGUGGAUCUGAUUGGUGUUUUCCGCUACGCAAGUACAUACCCAUACGGGAUCUCUGUACUCGCGGGCGAAAAUAAAGAUGCGGGACGGAGCCUGCCUGAUAUCUCGAAGCUGAUUACGCAUCGAUUUUUGGGACUGGAUAGCAUUCCGGAAGCUUUUAAAAUGGCCGGGAGGGGUGUUGAUAAGAAGGGGGACUUGGUGCUGAAGGUCGUUGUUAAUAUUUGAGAGGCGUAGAGACGGGCUAGGUGAUGAUCUUUUGGAUAGAUAAAGCUAUUCUAUGAAUUUGGUUUUUUACUUGACCCUGCACUCGAGGAAAUGGUGGGUUGUUACCACUGCUCAGUUUGUGGGAAGGUGUAAUUAUUCAAUAGCCUUUUAGCUUUGAGUUCACCUUGUUACAAGUCAAUUCUACUAAAGCCAAAUAGCGCACAGCACCUCCGUCAAUUACGCUUAGAGAAUUGCAUCAAUUUAAAAGUACACAUAAUGAACACAUGCAG